AAAUCUGUAAAGCUGGUGACUUUCUUUUAUGUCAUGAAAAAUCAACAAUAUUUAUAUGUCGUGUACGUGGUAUAGUGGUUGACAAAAUGGGCGAGCACAAGUUAAAAGUCGAUCGGCUCUUACAUCAUCAAAACCUUCCCAAUUGCAAAUCUAAUAAUAAUCGACAUACUCGUGGAAAUGGAAAAGAGUUAUGGCUUGUUGAAAGUGAUUCGACUUUAGUCAACCUGGUAAAUGUUAAACAACAUGUUACUAUAUGGCUUUGCGAUCAGCAAGAACCUGCAAAAUAUGAUUUUUAUAUUCAAGAAAUU